UCUAAUUCUUCACUAUUAGAUUUGUGGUUGUUAUAUUACACACUCAUUCAUCAAUCUGAUUAUUAUCCAAAUUAAAUCUGUAGAAGAAACUAAUAAAUGGCUUUCUAUUUAUCAUUUUACACAUCAAAUUUCUCCAUUUCAAAGCUGAUCAUAUUAUGUUGCUUGUUAUGGGUGGUGAUAGAUUCAGUUUCAGCACAAUUAUCUCCAACAUUCUAUUCAAGUUCGUGCCCAAAUGCAACCUCCACUAUUCAAUCUGCAGUUCAAGCUGCUGUAAAUAACGAGUCUCGUAUGGCAGCGUCUUUACUUCGUCUUCAUUUCCACGAUUGCUUUGUUAAUGGAUGCGAUGGUUCACUUUUGCUAGAUGACACAGCAAACUUUACCGGAGAAAAAAAAGCAGCACCAAAUCUAAAUUCGGUGAGGGGUUUUGAAGUUGUUGACACCAUUAAAUCUCAAGUAGAGAAAAUAUGUCCUGGUGUUGUUUCUUGUGCAGAUAUUCUAGCUCUUGCUGCUAGAGACUCUGUUGUUGCGUUAGGUGGACCAAAUUGGACAGUGGCAUUAGGAAGAAGAGAUUCUCAAACAGCAAAUCAAAGUGCAGCAAAUACAAGUCUUCCUGCUCCUUUUAUGAAUCUUGAUGUGCUCACUAAAUUAUUCUCAGACCAUGGUUUUACUACCCAAGAGUUGGUUGCUUUGUCAGGAGCUCAUACAAUAGGACUAGCAAGAUGUACUACAUUUAGAACACACAUCUACAAUGAAACCAACAUAAACUCCACAUUUGCAUCAUCAAUGCAAGCAAAUUGUCCUUUUAUUGGAGGAGAUAACAACACUUCACCUCUUGAUUCAACUUCAACAACAUUUGAUAAUGCAUACUUUAGUGAAUUAUUAGGGCUAAAUGGCCUUCUUCAUUCUGACCAAGAAUUGUUUAGUAGCAAUGGAACCGGAUCUACCAACUCUACCGUCUCCUUCUAUAGCUCGAAUUCGACGGCUUUUUUCAUUGAUUUUGCUAAUGCAAUGGUGAAGAUGGGUAAUUUGAGUGUUCUGACUGGAUCAAAUGGAGAAAUUAGGACUAAUUGUAGGAAGGUUAAUUCUAACUCUUCAACCUUGCUUCAUACUAAAGUUUCUCAUGCAUUAGUCAACGCCCUUUUUGAUUAUAUGUGAAAAGAGAAGAUGAAUAAUCUACAAAUCGUAUUGGUUUGUUUUUGGUAUUGUAAUAAAGUGAGAAAUAAUUAAUCAUACAUUUACAUGUAUGAAAUGUUUUGGCUUUUGUAUGAACUACUAUAUAUAUGAUCGUAUGUGUGUAGAUUAUAAUUAUCAUAUGAAUAAGUCUAAUUGUAAUCGAAUGGUAUUUAUAUAGUCCAUUCUUCAACUAUUUUAUUGUCUAUUUUAGUCCAAUAGUGUUUACGCAAUUUAUGUUCAAUGAAACUUGAAAAAAC